UUAAACUCGGAUAAUCUCCUUCUCUGCUUAUUCUCGCAGAGAAACCAGAGAUUCAGAAGAGCCCUAAUUCAGAUACCAAAGAAGACUUUGAUAGAUCGGAAACGAUGCCAGUGCCAAUAAUUGAAACUUGCAGGAAGAGAAAGCGGAAGCCGAAAAUGUUCGGAUUCCAGGGAUUCGGAGAACACGACGGUUUUCCGGCGAAGCGGCCGGGAAUUUUCCGGGAAAAUAUUAGGGAUUUUCUCAGAGAAUGUGCGGAGGUUGAGGACUAUAGCAUCCGAGGAAUGCCUGUUUGGUGUACCCUGCUUAACCACGAGACGAAGAGCACUGUGAUUCCGCUGUACACCAUCGAGGAAGACGUCAAGCACUCUGCGGAACCUUACUGCGAUCACUGCAGAUGCACAGGUUGGAGCAAUCAUUUUGUGUCGAAAAGGAAGUAUCAUUUGAUAAUACCUAUAGAUACCGAGUGGACUAUGCCUUUAGAAGAUGAUGCGUUUAAUCUGCAAAGUCAUCUUUUGCAUGGACUGAUUCAUUCUAACGGGUUCGGUCAUUUGAUCUGCAUCAACGGAAUCGAAGGAGGGUCCAAACACUUGUGCGGAAGAGAAAUCAUGGACCUUUGGGACCGUCUCUGCACGUACCUCGGAGCACGAAUCCAUAGAGGCUACAGACCAAACACUGCUCUUCACAACAAACGAUCUAUGGAUCUUCGAUUACUUUAUGGUGUUGCUUAUGGCCAUUCAUGGUUUGGGAGGUGGGGUUACAGAUUCUGUCGUGGAAGUUAUGGAGUGACUAAGAACGACUAUGAAAAUGCAAUUGAUCUUCUCAGUUCCCUCGAGCUUGAUCAGAUUGAGCUUGAUUUCAGUGAUGAGAAACAAAGCAAAGAGAUGGAACAUAUUUUCCGAUACUACAGAGAAUUGAGCGAAGGCCGCUUAAAAACGCUCCGAGAUCUCUUACGGUUUAUGCUUACCAUCAAGGCUCAUGCUUCCCAGCGCAAGAAACUUCCUGUGCUCAGUCCAACUACCGGCAUUUCACUUCAGAAAAGUUCCAGCAGUUUGUUUCUUCAGAAGCGUUGUGCAGAAAAUGAAAAAUAUCCGAAAUGUAGAAGAUACAGUAACGUCGCAGCUAGUUUGGGUAGCAGAUGGCCUGUGAGGAGGCUAGAGUAUGCAGCUGAAGUGAUCGUGCAGUCACUGAAAGAGAUGAAAGCGUUGAGGUCCGGACAGAGUGGUAUGAGCCGGCAAGAGGUUAGAGAUGCAGCUAGAAUGCAUAUUGGCGAUACAGGCUUGCUAGAUUAUGUGCUGAAAUCGAUGAACAAUGUUAUCGUGGGAAGUGUUGUGGUCCGUCGUUCCGUGAAUCCUACUACCCGGAUUCUACAAUACACGAUACAAGAACUUGACAAUGAGACUAAAGUAGCAGAACCUGAGAAGGAGAUAGUGAAGGAGAACCUUCCCUUGAGAAUUUCGAUAGAGUUUCAACCUGGAGCUGAUAUCUACAGAGAUCUGUUCUUCCUCUACACGAAUGUGCUGAUGAAUUACCCAGAAUCCGAGUCAGUAAACUCUGCAUCUCAAGCAGUUCUAGACAGCAAACACUUUGUAAAGGAGUGCGCUUUAUGGGAUGAUCGGGAACAUGUUUUUGUAUUCUGUUGCCGUGUAAAUCCUAGUUUGGUCGAUCUAAGAUCAGAACUAAUCACAGAACUGCCACCAGGUGAGAUGGUUACAGUCCCAUUACAAGCCACAGUCUCGGAUCUAAAGCAAGCCAUUGAAGACAAUUUCAGAGAUACAUACUGCGUCUUGGCUAACUUCGUGGUGACUGAGAUUGAAGAGCUUGGAGAAGACACAGAAGACGAAGAACUGUUGUUUGGAAGAAUAGAGCCUUAUUCCGCUUUAACAGUCCGAGGUUUUGGGAUUGAUACGGGAUCAAAGUUGAAGUGCCAAGGUGGCAGUGACACGUGGAUGGUGAGAUGUCCUUGCGGAGCACAUGAUGAUGACGGGGAGAGGAUGGUGGCUUGCGAUAUCUGCGAGGUCUGGCAGCAUACAAGAUGCUGCGGCAUUGAAGACUCGGAGACUCUGCCUCCUCUCUUUGUCUGCACACGUUGCUGCGACUCUUUCGCUGAUCAACAGAGAAAACUCUUGCAGCCCAAGUUCGAGUUCCCGAGUUCUUUCGACGAUGUCUUGCUGCUUGAAGCGGCAGAAGAUUCCUCGAGUGUCUUCGGGUAUGAGAAAUGCCUCGGUAUGAUUCUCUCAUCGGACAAUGGCUUCACCCCUCAGAUUGUUUUGUAAUCAUACGGUUCAUACUCUGUUUUUU